GGUCUCUUGCCUCUUGUAUUUUAUUCCUAUAUUUUCCACAUUUAAAGCAUAAUGCUUGCUGUACAACAGCCCGUACCUCUCCCAGAUCCUCUCUCCGUUCCAUCGAAUGCACCGGAACAUUGUCCAGGGACCGAAUCAGACCUAGCAGGCAAAUCAGAUGCUUGCAAUGGAUGCGCAAAUCAGGAAAUCUGCGCAUCUAGUACACCAAAGGGCCCCGACCCCGCACUUCCCUUGAUUCGUGAACGAAUGUCCUCUGUGAAGCGGAAGAUCUUGGUCCUCUCAGGCAAGGGUGGUGUCGGAAAGUCUACAUUCACCGCUCAACUGGGAUGGGCAUUUGCUGCAGACGAGGACUUGCAGACCGGUAUCAUGGACGUCGAUAUUUGUGGCCCCUCCAUCCCCACCAUCCUCGGCAUCGCCUCUGAACAGGUACACUCCUCAUCAUCGGGAUGGUCUCCUGUAUACGUUCAAGACAACCUCGGCGUCAUGUCCGUGGGCUUCAUGCUCCCCUCAUCCAACAACGCCAUAAUGUGGCGCGGACCCAAGAAAAACGGCCUCAUCUCCCAAUUCCUCAAAGACGUCGACUGGGGCACCCUCGACUAUCUCCUCGUCGAUACUCCCCCAGGCACGUCCGACGAACACCUAAGCAUAGUGCAAUACCUGAAGGAAUCGGGAAUCGACGGUGCGGUCGUGAUCACGACCCCACAAGAGGUGGCGUUGCAGGAUGUGAGGCGCGAAAUCGAUUUCUGUAGGAAAGUAGGGAUCAGGGUGUUGGGCGUUGUGGAGAAUAUGUCUGGGUUUGUCUGUCCGGGCUGUAAGACGGAGUCGCAGAUCUUCAAGCCGACGACAGGAGGGGCGAAAAAGCUGGCGGAGGAGAUGGGGGUAGAAAUGCUGGGUGCUGUGCCACUGGAUCCGAGGAUAGGAAAGAGUGCGGAUUACGGGGUCAGCUUUUUGGACGAAUAUCCGGACAGCCCUGCGACCACGGCAUACUUGGAUAUCAUUGACCGAAUAAAGGAGAUUCUAGGCGAUGAUUAGCCCGUCAUCGUGUCCCUUUGGCGAUGUUCGGCACCUUGUACACUCAUACCAUUUUUCGCAUCCCUGUACUUUAUCACUUACUAGAUCACAGCACUCAUGUACAUUUCGCAUUCCUUAUCGACGCUUUCGGAUUUUGGGAUAGAUUCAUGGGCUCAAG